AUGCCUGCCCGCGCUGCCACACCCCUUCGCCACGGCGAGGAGCCCACCGACCCUUCGUCGCAGCCGACCUAUGGCCUUCUCGGAAAGGACCUCGCAAUGUUCUCGGAAGCUGGGUUCGACAUGGACAAGAUCCACCUCAAGAGGAACGCUCCUGUCGCCCAGCUUUACGAGGACGCGAUCAAGUACGAGGGGGCUGUCAUUGCCGCCUCCGGCGCGCUCAUCAACUUCUCCGGCAAGAAGACGGGUCGCUCGCCCAAGGACAAGCGUAUCGUCUACGAGGAGACGUCCAAGGAUGACGUUUGGUGGGGUGCUAUCAACAUCCAGAUGGACGAGCACACUUUCGAGAUCAACCGCGAGCGUGCCAUCGACUACCUGAACACCCGCGACAACGUCUACGUCUUUGACGGUUUCGCCGGCUGGGACCCCAAGUACCGCAUCAAGGUCCGCGUCAUCGCCUCCCGCGCCUACCACGCCCUCUUCAUGCACAACAUGCUCAUCCGCCCGACCGCCAAGGAGCUCGAGGAGUUUGGCACGCCCGACUUUACCAUCUACAACGCCGGCCAGUUCCCUGCCAACCGUUUCACCGCCGGCAUGACGUCGCAGACUUCGGUCGAGGUCAACUUCAAGCGUCGCGAGAUGGUCAUCCUCGGCACCGAGUACGCCGGCGAGAUGAAGAAGGGUAUCUUCUCGGUCAUGCACUACCUCCAGCCCGUCAAGUUCGGCAACCUCUCGCUCCACUCGUCGGCGAACCAGGGACCCGACGGCGACGUCUCGCUCUUCUUCGGUCUCUCCGGCACGGGCAAGACGACCCUCUCUGCCGACCCGCGCCGCUCCUUGAUUGGCGACGACGAGCACGUCUGGUCCGACAACGGCGUCUUCAACAUCGAGGGCGGCUGCUACGCCAAGUGCGUCGGACUCGAUGCCGAGAAGGAGCCCGCCAUUUUCAACGCCGUCCGCUUCGGCUCGAUCCUCGAGAACGUCACUUACGACUACGCGACCCGCGAGCCUAACUACGAGGACACGGGCAUCACCGAGAACACGCGUUGCGCCUACCCCAUCGAGUACAUCGACAACGCCAAGAUUCCUUGCAUGGCUAACGAGCAGCCCAAGAACGUCAUCUACCUCACCUGCGACGCCUUCGGUGUCCUCCCUCCCGUCUCGCUCCUCGACUCGAACCAGGCACAGUACUGGUUCCUCUCGGGCUACACCUCGAAGACGCCCGGCACUGAGGACGGCAUCGCCGAGCCUACGCCUACGUUCAGCACCUGCUUCGGCGCUCCCUUCAUCAUCCUCCACCCCUCGCGCUACGCGUCGAUGCUGGCAAAGAAGAUGGAGGCUGCCGGCACUCGCUGCUGGCUGAUCAACACGGGAUGGGUCGGCGGCGCGUUCGGCACGGGCAAGCGAUGCCCUCUCAAGUACACUCGCGCGAUUGUCGAUGCCGUGCACUCUGGAGAGCUCAGCAACGCUCAGUUCAAGGAGACCCCCGUCUUCGGUCUCAAGGUCCCUACGAAGAUCGAGGGCAUUCCCGAUGACGUCCUCAACCCCGAGGCUGCGUGGAGCGACAAGAAGGCGUACCAGCAGACCUUGGAGAAGCUCGCUGGCAUGUUCAACAAGGCGUUCGAGCGCUACGCGACCGAGUGCUCGCCCGAAGUCGUCGCUGCCGGCCCCAAGCUCUAA